UGAUCUGUAUUUGCUAACUAAACAAUACCUAAAGGGCAAAAAAAAAGUCUAAUAAACAAAUAAAACGAUAAAAAUACGUCAAAUAAUAAAGAUAUUCCUACUAUUUUUAAAAAUAUACUACAUCUAGUUAAUAGCCAUGUACAUGUUAAACCUGAUAAUAUCAUCAUAGUUUUUUACAUGAUAAAGAUCAUAUAAUGAAUAAAGUAAGUCAUACAAAUAAUACAACUACGUUUACUACAAAAAAUAAUACAACUAUCACUGUAUUACUGCAAACAUGAUCGGAUACAAGAAGAGGGAAUGGACACCCAGUCACAUUUGAAAAUAAUGUGUUUCGUAAUGCAAAAUGAGAAUAACUCAAUUGUUUAAUUAAUCUUAAAAACUCUCUUUACUGCCUCCAGUAAUGUAUUUGCUUCAAUUAUAUAUAUAUAUAAUCUUUGUUUUAAAAUAAUACUAAUACAUAUUAAUCUCUUUUUAUUAUGCACGAUAAAUUUUACAAUUCCGUCUCUUACUUGCAAAUUCGUUUUAGUAAGCUUUUUGCAUCAUUUUUUUAUCAGCUAUGUCAAAACGCAUAAUAUAAAACAAAAACUUGAUUACAAAACUCUCUCACACACAAACUCACAUUCCUUUUUUUAUUCGUCUAAUCUUUCUCUUGAUUUCUCUCAUGGCUAGGAGUAGUGGAAGCCUCAAAUUAGAGAUCAGCACCGACGACAAGACGCCGGGAAAGUGGAGCGUACCGCUUGGCGAGGACGUUUUCCGGAGUUUCUUGAGCAGCGGAGGAGGCUCGGAGAAGGUUGUGUUCAGCGAGGGAUCUAUUUUCAGCCCUUUUUUGUUCGGGAAGUACUUUGAUCCGUCAGAUGCGUUUCCUUUAUGGGAAUUCGAGGCGGAUGUUUUGCUGGGGAGCCUCAGGAGCUUAGGACAGAGUAGAGUCGACUGGUCUCAAACCGAUCAAGCUUAUGUCCUUAAAUCGGACCUCCCCGUGGUGGGGAAAAAUAACGUGCAGGUGUAUGUGGACGUUAAUGGAAAAGUGAUGGAGAUUAGCGGCCAAUGGAAAACGGCGGCCAACGGCGAUUGGAGAAGCUGCCGGUGGUGGGAAUACGGCUACGUCCGCCGUCUCGAGCUUCCCGGCGAUGCCGACCUCAAAAACUCCGAAGCUUUCAUCUCAAACAAAGACGGCUACUCUUUCUUAGAGAUCAAAAUCCCCAAGAACAAGUUUUAAUAUGUUGUGUCAUCCGUUGAUGAGCAUUAAUUUUAGUUUUUCUUAUGUUGAAUGAUAUGUAAUACUUUUCUGUGGUGGACACACAAAUAUCAUGAACGAUACUAUACAUUCGUAUAUACUAUAUUUGAGCGGAA